UAAAGGCUGCUUGGCUUCACAGGCUACACAAAGAAAGAGAGGAUCUCAACUAAAGAAUCAAAUCAAAGCUUAGAUUGCAGUAAUUGAUUAGAGGUACUGCACAAAAGAGGCAUCAUGUCGAUGGGACUGGAGAUCGGUGGGAUUGCCCUGGGCAUCAUUGGUUGGAUCAUUGGUAUCGUCGCUUGUGCUCUGCCCAUGUGGCGUGUAUCGGCCUUCGUCGGCGCGAAUAUUGUCACGGCCCAGGUCAUCUGGGAAGGUUUGUGGAUGAAUUGUGUUGUGCAGAGCACCGGACAGAUGCAAUGUAAGAUCUACGACUCCAUGCUGGCCCUAUCGCAGGACCUCCAGGCCUCACGAGCCAUGUCCGUUAUCGCCAUCAUCUUGGCGGUCCUGGCUGUGAUGAUCUCCGUCAUGGGCGCCAAGUGUACCAACUGCAUAGAGGAUGAAUCAGCAAAGGCAAAAGUUAUGAUCGUGUCCGGUGUCCUCUUCAUUCUCGCCGGCAUCCUGGAGCUCAUUCCAGCGGCUUGGGUGGCAAACCAAACCAUUCAGGACUUCUACAACCCGAUGCUGGUCUCCGCUCAACAGAGAGAGCUCGGGGCAUCGCUCUACAUAAGCUUUGCCGCUGCUGCUAUGUUGCUGAUCGGAGGAGCGAUGCUGUGCUGCUCUUGUCCUCCACAAGAAAAGAAGUACAAGCCACAGAGAAUGGGCUACUCUGCUCCACGUACUAACAACGCUGGAUUUGACAGGAAAGACUAUGUUUAAAACAUUGUUAUCUCUCAGGGAAAAGAAGAAGGAUUUGAAGAUCUCUUACAAAGAGUGGAGAUCAUUUUUUAAGAGGACUCCGAAAUGAAGGGUCGUACGAUGCUGUCAAUAUCUGCUUUACUUCAGCUUCCUAGGGCUUGUGUGUGUAUUAAGGGCUGGUUUUGUCCCUUAAAAGACAGUUUGAUGCGUUUGCUAUGUGUAUAACAUUCACAUUUCAUUUUUUAUAUUAUUUUACUGUUUUAAACAUGGAUUUUUUUCUAUUAAGUUCUAUUAAAUUUCAGUUGCAUCAGUAGUUCUUUGUACUUAUGACACAAAAAUAAUCAAUGGUUUAACUGGUUAAGUAUGUUUUUUUUUUAACCAAAGCUGUUUCAGAUUCAGUCUGAUGCCGUCUACAUUAUGACAUUUAUAGACAGGGACGAAGACUUAAACUCUUUACAUGUAUUUGCUCAUGAAAAUUUUGCUUGACAUAUAUGUAUACGGGUCUUAAAAAGGAUGGUUGUCAACAAGUUGCUAUACUGGACUAUAAAGAAGUUGUCAGGAACUGUAAACGUCUUCACAUAUGAAAAUCUCAAAAUCAAUGUAACGUGGGCACAACUCCAAAAUAAUAAUUCAUCCACACAGUAUUUUCUUAUCAGGGAACAUUAAUUUCUUUUUUAAUAAAGUUUGCAAGAGUUGUCAGAAGCAUUGAAGUCGAGCGACUUUGUUAUAGUUUGCUUAUAGCCUAUAGGUUUUUACUUUCAAAUAAAUGCAUUAAUUCAUAAGGGUAAUGUUAAUUUGUGAAGAUUAUUUAUAAGGACAAAACGCGUAUGUAUCAUAAUCUUUGGUUAAUGUCAUUAUUUUUCAUGAUGAAUUAAAAAUAAUUUGAGUAAACCGUCUGCCUUAAACCAUUUAAUUUUUAAAACCUGUGAACUUCUCUAAUACCAGCAUGUUGAGUUUCAUAGGCUGGUAGUUGAUGUCUUAAUUGCUGGUUAAAAAUUUUCCAUUCAAAAUGUUUUGCAUUCUUAAAAAUAUGUAAUCGUUGCCACACUGUUAAAUCUUAUACUGUCAUUGGUUUGGUCGGACAACAUGUAAGUGUAUUAGUAACACAACUUAAAACAAAACUUAUUAAAGCAUCUAUAUUAAUUCAAACUAAAACUGUU